AUGAAAAUCAUUUUGCUGUUAGCGGUUGUGUGCGCUGCUGCAUCAGCCGAUACGAUUGAUUUCUUUUCUACUGCUGAUGAUAACCUGGAUAUGAAGGCGGUGGUAGACGAUCCAGCGAAACUAAAAGCCAUGACUGACUGCUUCUUGGAUAAAGGCCCAUGUGAUCCUGUAGCUCAGAGUUACAAAUUGAUAAUUCCUGAAGCUUUCCCUCACGCUUGCGGCCGUUGUAACGACGCCCAGAAGCAUUUGGCCCACACAUACCUCCGCGGUCUCUUCUCGAAAAUACCAGAGGAUUACGAUGACUUCUUGAAGAAAUACGACCCUCAAGGAAUCUACUUGGACAAUUUCAUGGAGGCUGUUAAGGAUUAUUGA